CUUGCCUUUGCUGUGAGCAGCAGUUUUGUUGAAAUUGUGGUCUUUGGGAAACGUUUGUUCGAGUAAUCUGUGAUUCCACUAAAUACAUACAUACUUAUGUACAUAUGUAUGUGCUAGGUCAAAUCAACCUUGUCUGGCAACGUUGGCAAAAUUCACUGAAAUGGAAGAUUCGACUAUGAUAAAGUCAGAGCUCGGGCGGACAAGUGAUAAGAAACGUUCUUUAAAAAUGUGGGGGGAUUAUAUCGACAAUAGUUUGCGCGUUUUAUCUGUUGCUAUAUUAGCUAAUAGCUUUGAGCGUCUGUUUUGCGUGUUGCGGGAACUUGGAUUGAAGCACAAUUUACCGGAAGAACGAUAUGCAAUUUUUCGGCGAGGCUUUACAUACAAGAACAGUUCCUUGUGGCUGAUGACGACUGUACUGGCUAUGGUUCUGGUCCGAUUUGGCUUGACUAGGCAACUGGCACUACCCUCAGCAAAAUUGUUGGCAUAUAUGCCGCUCUAUUGGAUAUUUAAUGCGGCGGAAAUGGGGCGCAGCACUUUGAGCUAUGCUCACUGGAUUCGUGAGCCGCAUGGUCUGGAUUGCGCAUCCGGUUUGGCGUCUAAUUACUUUCAUGGUUACCUUAAUCUGGCACUGCCCGCCCGAAACGGUAACGAAGGCCUUCGGAAACGCAUAGAAAACUAUGAGAACGACAAAAAUGUAACAUUUGGAAUACAACGAUUGGUAAUACUCAUCCCGGAUGAGAUGUUUGUUAACAGCGUUAUAAAAAGUGAUUUUCUGGAAGAGGCGAGCCCGCUGGAGACGGUAUACAUAAAUCGGGCUGGAGUGAAUCGUCCCUUCAAACAUGCAGUCUACCGGCUAAAGCACAAAACAAACGGAAAAUUCUACUAUUUUGCAGUAGAGGGCGCAACACCAAUGCUAUCUUUCUUUGAAUCCAUGAACUUCCAGCUUUCGACAACUCCAGAAAUGCGUGAGUUAAAACGGGAAAUAUGGUUGAAAUUUUACAAACAUUUGAAAAAAUUGUUGGACACCUGGCCAGAGACACGACAUGAGGUGAAACUGAUGAUAUAUAAAGCUCAUAAAGAAAAUGGGGAGCUCGUUGAUGUUGGCGAACUGCUUCAGACGCUUGUCAAUAUUUAAAACUCUUCCAUAAAUGUAUGUAAAAGUUCAUAGAGCAUGCAAAAUCGACAUUGACAAUACCGAAUUACUUCAUUUGGGCCUAUAGAAACAGUUGCGGUCGACUUAUAAACUAAGCGAAUUUAGAGUGAAACUUUUUUAAUUGAUUAAAUAUCUUUUGUAAAAACUUG